AAAAUUAAUCUAAGCAAUCUACCUAAGCAACCUGGAUAAUCAUGCUCUUUCCAAGUUUAAAACCUUUUUCAAUAAAUUAAAAAAAUUCGAAACCGGAGAAAAUUUCAGGAGGCGAAUGUAAAGAGCGGGAAGCGCGUAAAUGUGAAAACAAAGUUCGAGAGAGAUGGAGAAGAAUGCGAUCAGGAUACUGGACGAGAUCAAAUCCUCUGAUCUAAUGGAGAACCGGGUUCAACUACUUGCACGGCUCGGUCAGUUAGAUCCACAAGAUGAUACUGAUGUGCCCUCUUUUGUUGAGAGCUUAACAACACUCUGGGAAGACUUCACGUGUCUUGAUGUUUCUCAGUGUUUGUUGAAUAAGGCUAUCCUGCCUGCCCUGCCUGUGGCUUCCAAAUACCUGGCCUUGGAUCGGCCUGACUGUUGUCAUUACUUUCUCGCUUUUGGUAUUAAGGUAAGCCAAUGGUGUGCAAAACAUUUAAACAUGUCUGUGAUGUCUAUGGAGGAGUCUCAAGAGGAAGAGCAUUCAAACGUUUUCUUUCAGCUUCUUUUGGAUUAUCUUGGCUUUUCUGCCUCUAGCUUUACUGCUAUUGGGAAAAUAUGUUUUAUGAGAGAUGAGACCGCAGCUGUUACAGUUCGUAAGUUUGUUUCAGAGCAGCUGAUUUUGACAAAGGAGGUGAUAUUGAAUGCCAAGAAAGUUGAAUCCUUCUCCUCGGAAAUUUUCAAGGCUGCACACGUGGUGAUAGACUCUUUGUUCGUAUUAACUGAAGAAGAGGUUUACUCUUCAGUCCUUUCUUCUCAGCUACGGAAGACAAUAAUCUGGGAAUCGAUGUUUUCAGCUCUGCUUCUAUCUCUCAAAGCCCUUAUGAUUACUCUAUCUUCAUCUCCUGCCUGGGAAGAGCUUGAAACAUUCUUACUCCAGAAUCUCUUGCAUCCCCACUUCUUGUGUUGGCAGAUAGUUAUGGAACUCUGGUGCUUCUGGGUUCGUCAUGCCACUGAGGAUGUAAUGGCCAAUAUGAUCGACAAACUUUGUGUAUUCAUGAUGUCAAUAUCAACAUCAGAGACGCCGCUUUGUCCUGACUCCGUUCUCAGAAGAACUGCAAAGUCCAUCUGCUUGCUUCUCACUCACAGCCACAAAUCUUUAACAGCUCGAGUUUACAAGAACAUUUCCACUGAGAGCCGAUCCGAAUCUGCAUCGGAUGCAUAUCUAGCCUUGCUGUUAGAGGGGUUUCCGCUGAAUUUUCUUCCAGACCAAACGAAAAACGACGCAAAGAGACAGAUUGUCGCAGACUUCUUUCACUUUAUUGAGAAUUUCAGUGAAAAACCAUCAGAAUCCUCCAGAUACACUGUGCAUGGAGCUCCAGUUUAUGCACUAUCUGCCUGCCUUGGGAUACUAAAGACGAGCAUGCCAGAGAUUGACUCCAAAACUCUGAAAUUCGCCAUAGCUCUCGUUCAAAAGCUCAGAAACUCCAAAGAUGAAAUGACUAGGGAUCGUUACACUGAGAUUCUCAGCGAAGCACUGUCAAUCAUCUCAAGAAGCGAGCAGCUAUACACUUGCCAAGAGAUGGACAAUGUCAUAACAGAGCUUCAAAAGCUUUUCAUCUCAGAAACUGAUAAGCAUCAUCAUCAUCAUCUCAAUAAAUCAGAACCAAGCCUUGCUCUCUUCUUGUCAGGACUUAUCAAUUACGAGAUGCCUGAAACCGAAACCUGUCCAAAGAGCCGGGCGGUGUGGGAACUCUACCAUUUGCUUCUCAGGAAACGCCACUGGGCUUUGGUACACCACGCUGUUACCGUGUUUGGGUAUUUCUGCGCACGUACGAGCUGUAGCCAGCUAUGGAGAUUCGUACCUGAAGACGCUGCUCUAGCUUUCGACAUAGGUUCUGGAAAAGAAGCCAAAACAGAGUGGUUCAUGUCUGAAUUAAAGAUGUUCUUGGAGAAAGAACAAGUGCUUCUCUCGACCACUCCUUCACAAGAGGAACUCGAGUUACUUUCUAAAGAAGGCAUGGAGGUUAGAGCAACAGUGCAAAAGCAUCUAGAAGGAAGAAAGCAGCAGAGAUCAGUGGAAGAAGAGAAACGACCAAACAAGAGAAGGAAACUCCCAGAAGGGAUUUGCAGAGGAGUGGAGCUAUUGCAGAACGGUGUGAAGAAGAUCAACGAAGGUUUAAGUGAGUUGAGAUCAGAUGAGAGUGAAGAGUUUCAAAAGAGUUUACUGAAUCAGUUUUCGUGUGUUGAAGAUUUGGUGUCUCAUUUGGUAAGCCUCGCUGCUUCGGACUAAGACACUGCUAAUUGAUGAAUGUUUUAUAGAUGAUCAAAUGAUAUAAAGUGUUACAAAUCUCAAAUCAAGUGCAUAGAAAGAUAACUUUAUGAAUGUAGUAUUAGUCGUUA